CACGCUCUCGAGGAUCUCUUCUCGGGCCGUAGCCUGAUCGAUCAAUAGAAGCCAAUAGAGCUGAUUCAUUUCGAAUCAAUUCCGGUUCAUUACGUCUACCCUGACUGUCGCGUAAACUGGUGGCCGGCGGAUAGUGGCGAGUUUGUCCGCUAGAAGUGAAAGUAUUUCCCUUCCUUAGUACCGAUAGUGUGUAGUUUUUUUUUUGUUUGAGUGACGAGUGGUUCAAGCAAAAGCUAUUUGUUGCCGUGAUCACAUAAUCUACUUCGCCAUAUAUAUAUUUUUCCCUGCUGCUGGACGACUUAACAAAAAACAAGAGGAUUUUUAGCAAUGGCAACGAAAGUUAAGAAAGAGAAAGUAGCCAUCAUCGGCAGCGGUCUCAUAGGGCGUUCUUGGGCAAUGCUGUUCGCCGGCGUUGGCUAUCAGGUCACCAUCUACGACAUCAUCCCCGAUAUUGUCGAGAAGGCGCUGGUGGAAACUAAGAAGGAGCUCGAUAGCAUCGAAAAGCAAGGACUGCUGCGUGGCACUCUGUCGGCAGCGGAACAGUUUGGUUGCAUCAGUGGCACGGAUAAUCUGAAGGAUGCCAUUACCGACGCUAUAUACGUCCAGGAGUGCGUACCAGAGCGCCUGGAUAUUAAGAAAAAGCUGUACACCGAAGUCGACGGGCUGGUGGGACCAAACACAAUCUUGGCCAGCUCGACCAGCACGUUUAUGCCAUCGUUGUUCAGCGAAAACAUGAAGCACCGUGCGCAGGUACUGGUGGCUCAUCCGGUAAACCCGCCUUACUAUGUUCCGCUGGUCGAGAUCGUGCCGGCGCCAUGGACGAAGCCCGAGUACACCACCAAGGCACGCGAACUCAUGACUGAGAUUGGUCAGAAGCCGGUCACCUUGUCGCGCCAGAUUGAGGGAUUCGCACUUAACCGCAUCCAGUACGCGAUUCUCAACGAAACCUGGCGCUUGGUUGCAGACGGCAUUCUAAGCGUGAAGGACAUUGACGUCGUCAUGUCGGAGGGUCUUGGCAUGCGGUACGCAUUCCUGGGACCGCUCGAAACGGCGCAUCUCAAUGCGGAAGGAAUGUUGAACUAUUGCGAUCGCUACUGCAACACGAUCAACGCCGUGAGCCAAACGAUGGGGCCCAUUCCGCGCAUGGAAGGGAAGGUGGCCGAACAGGUGGCGAAGGAGCUGGAGGAAAUGGUUCCGAUUGAUAAACUCCCCGAACGGCGUGCUUGGCGCGAUGCCUGUCUGACGAAGCUGGCUCAGCUGAAGAAGAACAUUUAAGGGUGGAUAGAAAGUGGAUACUUUUUUCUUUUAACAAACAGGACUUCAAAGUGCAUUUGAAACAGAUAUGCGCAUGAAUAAAAUUAAUUCAACCGA